UUUUCUGUUUCUUUUCUUUUCGGCAACCCACAUUUUGCUUUCGAUUCAAAUUCAUCUAGUCGUUUUAAUAAAACCAUUCUUUGAUCCCCAUCAUAUAUUAGAAACCCCGUGUAUAGCUGGUUAUGGCUAAACUGAGGAAUAUUCCGUUGGCUAUUUGAGCCAUUUCAACGGGAAAAAAAACUUUCUAUUUUUGUUGGUUGUUACAAGCUUCUAUUGGAUCUCAAAUACGAUUACACACUUGGCUUUCUGACUAAUUAUGCAAAAGUUCACCUUCUAGUUUAAUAAAAGCUUCACUUGAAUCAUAAGUACAGGGACAAUUUUUUUAUCUUGGUUUUGGAACCAAGUUAGGCUGGAAAUGGACGUGCUUGAGGAACAGCCUACUUUUGAAAUUGGGGUUGUGGUUCCAAAAAGAACUGUGAAGGUAGAAGAUGAAUCUUCUGACUGUGUGGAGGUUCUUGUAAAUGAGUUCAAGAAAGUGGGUUUAAUUGCUGAGAGAGUGCUUGGUGUUGCUGAUGAGUUUAUUAAGCUGGCAGCAUCUUUGGAGACUUUAGGGAUGGCUGCUGCCGAGUUGCAAAUAACAAAACAGACUCGAAUUGGGAUGGAAUUACAAUUUCAUUGGGAGGAAGUUAAAGCUUUUGAGAGACAACCUGAUGGUUCAUUGUUCAGUUGGUGUGAGCGGUUUUACUGCUAUCAGCAUCUAAUACGUGGAAUUAAAAACAAGAGGCAAACAGCUAUUACUCUAAAAUAUGAUGGUAAGGAGUUCAAAUGGGAAGUUGGGGAAUGUUUGCUUCAGAAGUUGGAAACAGAAGGCAUUGUUAAGCGAGUCUUUCCUUUGCAUGAUGAAACAAAGAGAAAGAAGCUCCUCUAUAGUUGGGCACUUCACUGGUGGGACUUCACAAACCAGCCAAUAGAUGAGAUUUAUUCGUACUUCGGAACCAAGAUUGCGGUCUAUUUUGCUUUCCUUGGAAUGUAUACACGGUGGUUGCUCUUCCCUGCUGCAUUUGGGCUUACUUUGCAGAUCAUCAAUUUUGGCUAUGUUCUUGAGUUUAGGUCGUUGAGGUUACUCGUGCUCCCCAUUUUCUUUGUAAGUAUAAUAUUAUGGGCUAUAAUGUUUUCCCAGUUCUGGAAACGAAAGAACUCUGCCCUUUUAGCCAGAUGGCAGAUUAGUUAUUCAAUGGAAGCUGACGUGGGAUACAAGCUUUUGGGCAUGGACAGGAGUUCUGUACAGUCAGCUGAGAAGCCUGUCAGAAAAGCUCACAUAAAAAUAGAGAAAGAAGUGUUUCAAAGAAAUGAGUGGUUUGGACGACUUUUGCGAUUCAGAAAUGAUGCUCUUGUUAUCUUGAGUAUUAUAUGCCUCCAGUUGCCAUUUGAACUGGCCUAUGCUCAUACUUACGAGGUUAUGGAGUCUGAUAUUAUAAAGUUCGGGCUUACUGCCAUUUAUCUUUUCGCCAUUCAGUAUCUUACACAAGUUGGAGGGAAGAUCUCUGUCAAGCUCAUCAAGCAUGAAGACAACGAAAAUAAAGAAAAAAGGGCUGAUAGCUUGGUCUACAAGGUGUUUGGUCUGUAUUUUAUGCAAUCGUAUAUAGGAGUUUUCUACCAUGCUCUUUUGCACCGUAGUUUUUUAACUCUCCGCCAAGUCUUGAUUCUGCGCCUUCUUGUCUCUGAGGUGUUGCAAAACCUUUGGGAAAAUUCUUUGCCAUAUCUAAAAUAUAGUUACAAGAAAUACAGAAUCCGAAGCAAGAAAAGGCAGGAAAAAAAAUCAUCAUCGGGGAAAAUUCAGUUUUCUUCUAGGGUAGAAAAAGAGUACCUGAAGCCUUCUUACUCUGCAAGUAUUGGCGAGGAGAUUGAAGAUGGACUAUUUGAUGAUCUUUUGGAAUUGGCAUUGCAAUUUGGCAUGAUUAUGAUGUUUGCUAGUGCAUUUCCCCUCGCUUUUGCCUUUGCUAUUUUGAACAAUAUCACUGAAAUCCGAACAGACGCAUUGAAGCUGCUUACUAUGUUUAAGAGGCCACAACCCCGUGCUGCUGCAACAAUUGGAGCUUGGCUAAACAUUUUUCAGUUUCUUACAGUUAUGUCAAUAUGCACCAACUGCGCACUUUUAGCAUGGCUGUACGACGAGGAAGGAAGAUGGAAAAUCGAGCCUGGACUAGCAGCAAUCCUUGUCAUGGAGCAUAUUCUCCUCAUGAUCAAGUUUGGAUUCUCUCGCUUUGUCCCGGAGGAACCUGCAUGGGUUAGAGCCAACCGAAUGAAAAAUGCAACACAGGCUCAAGACGUGUGUUCUAAGAGGAUUUUAAGGUCCAUCUCCGCAGAGAAGGAAUCUCGUGAGGAAAAGGAACAUGUUGUAGAAAAGGAAUUUGGUAUGAAAAAGGAAGAGUGAGGACAGGAUCUUUUUAAGUUUUGGACAACUUUUUAUCUCAUGAGAACAAGGAGUUUAAGCUUAAAAUGUUCUUUCCAAGGCUUAUAUGACUUUGGAAUUUCCAUAUUGGUCGUGUUGUAUAAAAUUUUUGUUGAAACUGGUUUGUAAUUUUCUUUUCUUUUUUUU